CUCGCUUCUCCAAACCUAAGGUGGAAAUGAAAUGAUGGCAACCAAAUAUACAAUAAACAGAUAGACAUCGAAACAGACACCAACCAAACAAACCACCAUGUACUCCUCCUACUAAGAUUAGUCUCACCCUCUUCUUCUUUCUCAGUCUAUUUUUCUCUCUUCAGUUCUCAAUUCCAUACUUGAACACAGGGCUAAAGCUUUAGCUCUAAUGGAAGGAGCACUAUUUCCAAACAGACCAACAUUACCAACACCAACAACAAAACCAAUAAUACCACCACCAUCACAAACAAACCCACCAUUGAAAUUCAAUUCUAAAACGCUUCCAUUACCAACAAAUACUCCUCCACCUCCAUCUUUACCACUUGAUUCUCUUCUUCAGCAACUCCUUCAUAUUUCACCUAAAACUUCAUACCCUUCUCUUUCAAUAUCAACAUCAUCUCACAAACAACAGAAUACUCAUAUCUCUAAGCCCAAAUCCAUUCCUCCUCCUUCUCCUUCUUAUCCUUCAGUUGGCCAUAAACAUAAUGAUUAUUCUUCAAUUGAAUUCCUUACAUCAAAAGGUAAGUCUUUACUUGUAUCCGUUGUGAAUCAGCCCAUGUCAAAUUUGAACACUUAUUUUAAUUCUAUCCACUCUGAAUUGGUUGAAUUUGAUCAUGUCAGUCUUAUCAAAGGGUUAGACCUUUCAGGGAAUUGGGAAAAAGCCCUAGUUUUGUUUCAAUGGUUUCUGUCAAAGAAUAGUAAUGAAACUAACAAAUUAGACCAACAAGCAAUUGAGGCUAUGGUUAGAAUUUUAGGUAGAGAGUCUCAACAUUCAAUUGCAUCUAAAUUGUUUGAUGAAAUUUCUAUUGAAGAUUACUCACUUGAUAUUCGAGCUUACACUACUAUACUACAUUCUUAUUCUCAAAGUGGGUUGUACGAAAAGGCGAUAUCUUUGUUUCGAGUGAUUAAGAGUAAAGGACUUAAACCAACUCUAGUUACUUACAAUGUCAUGCUUGAUGUGUAUGGGAAAAUGGGUCGGUCUUGGAACAAAAUUUUGGAACUUGUAGGGGAAAUCACAAGUAAUGGACUUAAAUUUGAUGAAUUUACUUGUAGUACUGUUCUGUCUGCUUGUGCAAGGGAAGGGUUGUUGGAGGAAGCUUCGAAGUUCUUUAACGUUUUGAAGUCUAAGGGUUAUGUUCCCGGAACUGUUACUUAUAAUGCUUUGCUUCAUGUGUAUGGGAAGGCAGGGGUUUACUCUGAGGCUUUGAGCAUUAUGGAGGAGAUGGAAAGAAACAACUGCACACCUGACUCAGUGACCUACAAUGAACUUGUAGCAGCUUAUGUUAGGGCAGGGUUUUAUGAUGAGGGAGCUGCUGUUAUAGAGACAAUGUCAAGUAAAGGAACUAUGCCGAAUGCUGUAACUUAUACUACAGUCAUAAAUGCGUAUGGAAAGGCUGGGAAAGAAGAUAAAGCUCUGAGUUUGUUUGAUGAGAUGAAGAAAUCGGGUUGUGUUCCUAAUGUCUGUACAUAUAACGCAAUUUUGGGGAUGCUUGGAAAGAAAUUGAUGUCGGAAGAGAUGGUGGUGAUACUCUCCGAGAUGAAGUCGAAUGGUUGCAUCCCAAACAGGGUAACAUGGAACACAAUGCUUGCGUUAUGUGGUAAUAAGGGCAUGCAGAAGUACGUGAAUCGGGUCUUCAGCGAAAUGAAGAAUUGUGGGUUUGAGCCUGAUCGAGAUACAUUCAAUACAUUGAUUAGUGCUUAUGGUCGGUGUGGGUCGGGCAUUGAUGCUUCAAAAAUGUAUGAAGAGAUGAUCAAAGCCGGGUUCACUCCAUGUGUUACUACCUAUAAUGCUCUCUUGAACGCCCUGUCUAGGAGAGGUGAUUGGAAAGCAGCAGAAUCCGUGAUUAUUGAUAUGAAGACCAAAGGAUUUAAGCCUAACGAAACAUCAUACUCCUUGAUGCUUCAGUGUUACGCAAAGGCAGGGUAUGUUGAAGGUAUAAGAAUGAUUGAAGACGAAAUUUACAGUGGGCGAAUAUUUCCUAGUUGGAUGCUUUUGAGAACCCUGGUUCUUGCAAAUGCUAAAUGUAGGAUUUUGGCAGGUAUGGAGAGAGCGUUUGAAGAAUUAAAAAGAAACGGAUACAAACACGAUCUGGUUCUUUUCAAUUCAAUGCUUUCAAUCUAUGCCAAGAACAGGAUGUAUGAUCGAGCUCAUGAUCUGAUGCAUUUGAUCCGUGAGAAUGGAUUACAGCCAGAUCUUGUUACUUUUAAUAGCUUGAUGGAUAUGUAUGCCAGAGGAGGAGAGUGCUGGAGAGCAGAAGAAAUCCUCAAAGGUUUACAGAAAUCUGGAGGGAAACCUGAUCUGGUUUCAUAUAACACUGUGAUUAAAGGGUUUUGCAGACAAGGGCUAAUGCAGGAAGCUGUCCGAACCAUGUCGGUGAUGACAACUGUGGGUAUUCGACCUUGCAUUGUUACUUAUAAUACCUUUGUUGCUGGAUACGCCAGCAAAGGAUUGUUUGAAGAGGUAACGGAUGUGAUUAGUUAUAUGAUUCAACAUGAUUGCAGACCCAAUGAGUUGACAUACAAGAUUGUCAUCGAUGGUUAUUGUAAAGCUAGCAAAUACAAAGAAGCCAUGGAUUUCGUAUCGAAAAUUAGAGACCUUGAUCCAUCUUUUGAUGAUAAGUCGGUUCAAAGGUUUGCCAUGCGGGUUCGUGAGAAUGUAGAGUUGUAGAGUUCUGGACAUCAAGAAGGCAAUUUUUGUUCGUUGUUUACCCUCUCUCAUUUCUCCGAUCUACUUCUUUACUGUGAAUUUGUUUUGUAAAAAUUCAAAUUUUUUGAAGCUGUUAAUUACAGGUUUUGAAGUUAUAGAUGCAAUUACUUUCCCGAAUUCUCUGUUUAUUGACCCAUAAAUGAAGCUGAUUUUGGAAUUUUUAUGUAA